AUGCCCCUUAAAAGUAUGCAGAGAAGCAAAGUGGAGGAAGCAUUAGCACUAAGAGCAGCAAUGGUUCGAGCAAGGAUUGAAGGCUGGAGAAAUGUGGAAUUUGAGACAGAUUGCAAAGUGGUGGUUGACAAACUUGGCGAGGAAACUGCGGAGGAUGCUCAAAUUUGCCGCAUAAUAAAAGAUAGUAUUAAACAACUAAGUUUAGCUUUUGAUAAGUGUUGUUUCUCCUUUACUAAAAGAGAGACUGUUUGGAAGACUGAAGCAGCAAAAGCUGAUAUUGAAGAGCAGUUGCUCAAAGCAAGAAUUGGAAGUGAUGCACUUUUGGCUGUGAUUCCAGAUCCAGUUACAUGCUUUUCAACUGCAAAGUAUUCGCAAACUCAAGUAUUCAAAGUCUUUCCCAGCUCCAGCUUGCUCAUUGUUGAUUGGAUAACUAGUGGCCGUUAUGAAAGAGGUGAAAAGUGGGACUUUGAACUUUACAAGAGCACUAAGAACAUUUUUUUAGAAGCUGAUGAGCCUUUGUUACUUGACACGAUAUUGCUAGAGCAGGGAAGGUAUAGCAGUAUUGCCGAACGGAUGGUUAUACUUUUGGGGCCAAAGCUGAAGUUCAUUCAAGACCAAAUUCAGGAAAAUGUGAAAAGCUUGAUGUCUCAGCAAUUUCUUUUCUUAAACUGA